AAACCCUCCACUCAGUUAUGGCAUUGCAAUUCCGCUCUUUGCUCUUUUGUGUGCUGCUGCUUCUCCUUGGCCUUGCAUUGGCAAAUACCAAUGCUGCCGGGACAGAUCCACCUGUUGUUUGUGCAACUCUCAAUAGGACCGAUUUCGAUAUUCUUUUUCCGGAGUUCACAUUUGGCGCAGGAUCAGCAUCGUACCAAGUAGAAGGUGCUGCAAACGAAGAUGGUAAAGGACCGAGCGUAUGGGAUACCUUCACCCACGACCAUCCAGAAAAGAUCGCUGAUGGCAGCAAUGGAGAUGUUGCUGUUGAUCAAUAUCACCGCUAUAAAGAAGAUGUGGCAAUGAUGAAGGAUAUGGGGUUGGAUUCUUAUAGGUUCUCUAUCUCAUGGUCUAGAAUAUUACCAAUGGGAACACUAAGCGGUGGAAUUAACAAGAAAGGAAUCGAAUACUACAAUAAUCUCACCAAUGAACUCCUACGCAAUGGUAUAGAGCCAUUAGUGACACUCUUCCAUUGGGAUGUUCCCCAAGCCUUAGUGGACGAAUAUGGUGGUUUGUUAAGCCCUCGUAUUGUCGAUGACUUUAAAGCAUACGCAGACCUUUGUUAUAAGGAAUUUGGUGAUCGAGUAAAGCAUUGGACCACACUUAAUGAGCCAUAUACCGUUAGUAACCAUGGUUACACAAUCGGGAUCCACGCACCUGGACGAUGCUCUGAUUGGUAUAACCCAAAAUGCCUUGGUGGAGAUUCGGGUACUGAACCAUAUUUGGUGACACACCACUUACUCCUUUCUCAUGCAGCUGCUGUACAAUUGUACCGAGAAAAAUAUCAG